AUGUUUCCUUCCUGUUUGAUAAAUAUGAGAGAAUUUGUACAGAGACACGAUGCAGACAGUAAUAGUCUCUAUUCCCUUUCAGAUCCAGUUGGCGAGAGUUUCCUUAAGGAAUCGAAAUCUCAGACUUGGAGACCAUUCGCUUCUGGGGUGCAAAAAGGUGAGAUCUCUUUACUUUUUAACAUUAUUACUACUUGUACUAAAAAGGCACAGAAUUAGAUUUAAGAUAUUUGGAAUGUAUUUUAAUAAAAGAUAUAAGAUAUAAUAUGUUCAGAAAAUAACAAUAGAUCGAACUAAAUAAAAGAAUGUAAUAUUUUGCUAAAAUAAUUUAUAAAGAAAAAGUGUGCAAAUAUAUACAAUUAUAUUUUAAACAUAUAAUAAACACAAAUACACAUCUAAACAAACAUUUUCAGGGUUUAUUCACUACACACUAAACAGUGGUGAGUUUAUAACCAAUCAAAAAAAUAUAAAUAAACAAAGGGAUGGAAAAAACAUUUUUAUAAAUGUUUUUGUAAAUUUGCCAUUUUGCUGUUUAGUGAACUGUCCCCAGAAUUACAGAAAUCUCAAUAUAUUGUAAAUCGUAUCAAUAUAUUAAAUGAAGUGAUUUUUUUUAGACUGUGCGUUAAGCAUAUACUUUUUAGUAAUGCUUUAUAAUUCUUGCUUUAUGUCUCAAGAUAUAAGAUUGCAGGAAAAAUAUUUGAGUUUUACUAAAUCUUAUAUGAACAUAUUAUAAAUAUGUGAUCAUUACAAUUUAAGUAAUUUGUGCAAUCAGGAUGUUACUGAAUGAAAGGACAUGUUUGUAGAAUAUUAUGAAAAUUCCAUUUAGAAUGUUAACUGCUUUAUGUAUUAUAAUUUUGAGAACAUAAAAUGCAUAUUAUUAUAAUUUACUUUUUAUCAUUUAAUGUUUUUUUUUUGUUUGUUUGUACAGUUGGGAAUAGGGAAGAAAAAAAAGGACAUAUUUACCUUGAAAUAUAUAUUUGAGUUUAAUUUAUUCAUAAAACCCACAUUUUCUUUUAUUGCAUAUUACUGCAAUGUAACCCCUUUUUUAAUUUAAUAAAAAUAUAAUAAAAAAACAUUUCUUUUGCCCAAAAAAUAAAAUUAUUUCAAUAAAUGCACUUUGUUCCUUCGUUUUACGAUGAGGCACAUAAUCACUAGAACACAACAGAGUGAUGUUUUUGAAUGCAACUUCCAUAUGUAUGAAAAAAUACGAGUUACGAUAACCCCUUAAGGACCAAACUUCUGGAAUAAAAGGGAAUCAUGACAUGUCACACAUGUCAUGUGUCCUUAAGGGGUUAAAUAGCAUAAAAACACAACUGCAGCUCAUUGUGCAAAAAAACCCAAAAAACAACAGAAUAAUAUUUUUUGAAUGCUAAGACUUGCUGAUUGCAGGAGUGCAGCCUUUUUCCAGAUUGGUAUAUAUUUAUAUUUAAUGUGACAUUUUUUUGGGGUGUGUUACUCAUUCUCGGUUCCUCUACCAGAGACGGCUCUGUGCAGUGCCUUAGCUGUUCCUAGAACUGCACUAUCCUGAACAAAGAUCUCGGAUGUCUAUAUAUAGCAAUAUAUAACGUACAAGAUCCAGCGCACUCGCUAGUUCACUAAACAGCAAUUUCAAAGCUCACAGAAUUAUUUUUUUUUUUUAAAUAAUGGGGGCUUAGUUAUAGUAUGUGAUCAUUCAUUGUGUAAUGUGUAUUAUUGUAAAACAAUACUUAUUGUACAGGACUGCGGAAUAUGUGGGCGCUAUAUAAGAUUUCUUAAAAAUAUUAAUCAUACAUUUCCUAGUCUGCCCGAGAUUAGUGGGAGCUGUACUACUCUCCUGAUAGCGAUAUAUUGGAAGAAGCUAUGGGCAAACAGAAUUGCCCUGUUUCCCAUCUCCUCAGCCCCCUCUGUAAUAUAAUGAUUGAAUUAAAAUGGGAGCGUGACUCUAUAGAGAGCGAGUAGAAUAAAGCAUUAAUGUCCUGACUUAUCGGGUUUGAUAACAUCGUCUGCCCGGUGAAAUAGCAUUCGCGUGAUGUACGGAGACAUAACCUUACAUUCAUACACACAUAUACAUAUAUACACUGUAUCCAUCUUUAUAGAAAGUUAGACAAUAAGUACACAUUGUUAAUGUCAGUAUAAAACUGUAUCUAUAUAGAUAAACAUAAACACACACAAAAGUAAACACAAUGUUUGAACAAACAUUAAAACAAUGAACACAUAUUCACCAAUAUAUUUAUGCAUACACAUACCGAUACAAAUACGCAUACACAAAGUAUGUGCACACACAACCACAGACAUAAACUGCAUAUUUAUUUCCAUCCACCCAUGUACAUUAGUGCAUGCUGGGUUUGUGAAAAGAUCAAACAGAAAAUAUUUAUUUUUUAAAAUAGGGUUCUCCCCUCCUACCAAAUAUUGACAAAUUAGCAGCAUUUAGGAAUGACUCCUUUUAUUUUGUGUAUAUAUUUUUUCUUUGUAUUUUGUGUGUGUAUGAAUUUUGCUGCAGUGUCACAGAAUCCCCUCCCCCCACUCACCGCCACCAUUUAAUUUAACGUUUACAGAUUUUAUCAUUAUUUACUAACAGUAAAAACAUAAAUUUCCACUUCAAUAUUGCAUCAAAGUAGCUGGAUGGGUUUCGUGCUAAACCGAAUAUUAGUAUAACCAUUUUAUGAUCUUAAUUGUUAAUCGCUGAUUUUCAUUAUUAUUUUUUUACGUAUUUAUGAUUACGUUUGCUAAGCAGAACAAAAAACAAACAAAAAAAACCCUGCUAUAUUUUGUGUUUUAAUCACUUUGUCUAGUACCUAUUAAACAGAAUUCACUUCAUCCAUUCCAGCCCUGAUAGACACUGACUGCAUUUAAUAUUAAUUCUGUCCUGUAAAUUCUAACAGUAAGAGAAAGAAACAUGCCUUGUUAACCAAUAAAGCAGCUGUAUAGCUAAACAUUACCAACGCCAUGGGGGGCUCUAGGGGGCUAGGGACACACAUGACACCCAGACCAAAAACUAUGGGGACCCAAUGUAUGGUGCCCAAUCACCAUUACUAGUGCUCAUGUAAUGUGGGGUUCUGGCUAAUAUAAUCACAUGGGGACCAUACAGAUGCUCUAUAUCCAUUUUGAUAUGUCAUCGGCCGUGGGAUAAAGGGGUUAACACAUCUGCCUUCCUAUUAACUAGCAGACUCCCCAAUGCUGUAUGAGCCCAGUGUCUAUAGUUUUUUUCCCACCACACUCAGACAAGGGAAAACACCAAAGUCAAACAGUCCCAGAACGGUAAUGUUUGUAUUGCAUGGUUGGCUCACUCGCACAGCCACUAGAUGCAUUUCCUCUUAUAUAGCAGAGUAAAACUCUAUUUUAAUCACAUGGUCUCAGAGAGACCAUUCGAUUCACUCAGCGCUGCGUCUUGCAGUGCAUGCUCGCUAUCCUGACAGUGUUUUUCUAUGGGAAAGCAUUGGAUUGGCUGAGACUUCAAUCAAGACCGGCGCCGAGAGGUAGAUUAGGUAAGUAAAUUAUAUUUUUUAUUCUGUGCAGGUGGGGGCCAUGAAACGAAGCAACCACCAGGGCACUAUAGCGUUUGUGUAGGAGUCAAAAAAGAAUAAAUGUUGUUUAAUAAAUAUAAACUGAAUAUAAACUGAAUAUAAACUGUUAAUCGUGGUAAAACGAGUAUUGUCUUCACUCCAGGCAGCGGACAGAUCCAGCUUUGGCAGUUUCUCCUGGAGCUUUUGUCAGAUCAUGCCAACACCAACUGCAUCGCUUGGGAAGGGACGAAUGGCGAAUUCAAGCUGACAGAUCCUGAUGAGGUUGCCCGACGCUGGGGAGAACGGAAGAGCAAACCCAACAUGAACUAUGACAAGCUGAGCCGCGCCCUACGCUAUUACUAUGAUAAAAAUAUCAUGGCCAAGGUCCACGGGAAGAGAUAUGCCUACAAGUUUGACUUUCACGGCUUGGCACAAGUAUGCCAGUCUACGCCCACUACAGAGCAAACCUUGUACAAGUUCCAGGGCAAUCUGCCCCAUUUACCCUUCCCUGGCUUGUCCAAGCUCAAUCUCAUGGCGUCCGGAGUCUCUCCUGGUUUCUCCUACUGGCCCGGUUCCCCUCCGGCACUCUACCCAAGCCAUGGGUUACAGUCCCCACCAGGUGGAUUCAGUGCCAUGUCUGGCCAACAUCUCGGAUCAAUCAACAACAUGAACAGUGUUGGCAAUAUGAAUACACAUUAUCAUUAACUAUUCAACCUUUGAUUAACAGUAGCCACUGAGCAGAUUUACAGCCUAAAUCAACAUACUAAACUAACAUAUAUUGGAAUGGAG